AUGAAGUGCAUUCAAAAAUGGUUUUUAGUGUUACUACUAACGUCGUUGUCUUACUUGGCCAAGUGUCAGGAAAACAACGAAAAUUUUAAGUUUCAGUUAAAAGGAACGUCGAAUAAUAAUAAUAAUAAUAAAAAUGAUGACAACGAAAAAAUAGUUAAUAGAAUUCAAUUUUUGGAAUGGUUGUUUGGAUUAACAUCCGAAAAGGAAGAAGAAUCGACAACUUCUAAACCGGUAGAUUUGGCACAAUGUAAACCCUGUUCUUGCGGAAUCACGAAUAAAAAAAUUAGGAUUGUAGGAGGAAAACCAACGCAAGUAAAUCAAUACCCGUGGAUGGCGUUACUCAUGUACAACAGGAAAUUUUAUUGCGGUGGUUCUUUGAUAAAUUCAAGAUAUAUUUUAACAGCCGCUCAUUGCGUCGAUGGAUUUUCAAAACAAAAAAUAACGGCUCAUCUUUUGGAACACGAUAGAUCCAUAGAUACGGAAUCGACGGUGAUAGAAAGGAAAAUAGAAAAAGUGAUACGCCAUAGCGGAUAUAACGACAGAACGUUUAACAACGACAUCGCCCUGUUGAAAAUGGAUAAGGAAGUGACUUUGGACGAUACUCUAAGGCCCGUUUGUUUGCCGGUAAAGGGAAAAAGUUUUUCUCAUUACGAUGGAUUGGUCACCGGAUGGGGAGUCAAAUCUCAGGGAGGAGUCACGAGUCCGAUUUUACAAGAAGUAACCGUACCGAUCAUGUCGAAUGCCGAGUGUAAAAAAACUAAAUACGGAAGCAGGAGAAUCACGGAUAACAUGUUGUGCGCGGGAUUUCCCGAAGGGAAAAAAGACGCUUGUCAGGGUGAUAGCGGUGGACCCCUUCACGUUGUCAACGGUACGGUUCACAGCAUCGUGGGUGUCGUUUCGUGGGGAGAAGGUUGCGCACGACCGGAUUAUCCGGGUGUGUAUUCGAGAGUAAACAGGUACAUUACUUGGAUAACGAAAAACACGAGAGAUGCUUGCCCGUGUUCGGUUAAACAAUUAACCGUGUUAUCAACGGUAGCCGAUAGCGUGGCACCGUCCGUAAUGGACAUGACCGCAUCUAAUUCACCCUCGACAAAUGAAAAUGCUGUCGUGACAACGGAAGAAUCAGCAGGUACGGUCGCAUCACCAACCGAAUUAGAUUUAAAACCUGAUUCCGAAUCAGGUACUGCUUCUAACGAAUCUGCUAGUUCUUCGUCGGAUUCGUCAGCGACCACGACGGCACCGGACACGAUGGAAAAAUUGUAA